ACAGUGUAUAGCUGAACAUAGCAGAGAGAAAGUGAUUCCAUUGUCAAAUCCCUAAUAUUUUCAGAACCUCAUCAUUUUGUUUUUAUGACCUAAACUCUCUUGUAGAGAGCGUUAGGUCAUACUUUCUUUUUCCAGAUCCAUUUUCAUUCACCUUCCAAUUUUUUCUUAGGUGGUAUAAAGGCUAGGAGAAACUACAAUGUCUCAGAGCUCUGAGGAGGAUACUGAUAUAAGUGAUUCUGAGAUAGGUGAGUAUGAGGAAAAAUGUUAUGAAGAACUGAAAAGUGGAAGUCAGAAUGUGAAAACCUCGGAUGAGAAGUUCACUUGUCCAUACUGUCCUAAGAAAAGAAAACGGGAUUAUUUGUACAACGAACUCCUACAACAUGCUUCUGGCGUGGGUCAGAGUAGUUCACAGAAGAGAAAGCCAAGAGAAAAGGCUACUCAUUUGGCUUUAGUGAAAUAUUUGGAAAAGGAUCUGAUGAAUAUAGAUACUCCAUCAAAACCAACUGAAAACUGUGCUGAUAACGGUGACACAGACACUUCUAUUGAUUCUGAUGAGCAGUUUGUGUGGCCUUGGAUUGGAAUUAUAGUUAAUAUUCCCACUAGCAGGGCACAAGAUGGGCGUGCUGUUGGGGCGAGUGGUUCCAAGCUUAGGGAUGAGUAUAGACGCAGGGGUUUCAAUCCAUAUCGAGUCAAUCCUCUAUGGAAUUUUCGAGGUCACUCUGGAACUGCCCUUGUGGAAUUCUAUAAAAACUGGCCCGGCUUAGAUAAUGCACUCGCAUUUGAAAAAGCAUAUGCAUCAGACCAUCACGGGAAAAAGGAUUGGUUUGUUAAUACAGAGCCAAAGUCGGGUCUUUAUGCAUGGGUUGCCCGAGCUGAUGACUACAAAAAGAACAAUAUCAUUGGUGAAUAUCUGCGAAAGAUGGGCGAUAUCAAAACCAUACCUGAACUUCAGGAAGAAGAAGCUCGAAGGCAGGAUAAACUCGUGUCCAAUUUGACCAACAUUAUUCAGGUCAAAAAUAAGCACUUACAUGAGAUAGAAGCAAGAUGCACCGAGACUACAGCCAAAAUGAAUUCUGCCAUGACAGAAAAAGAUCAGCUCAUUCAAGCUUAUAAUGAAGAGAUAAAGAAAAUACAGUCAAGUGCUAAGGAUCACUUCCAAAGGAUUUUUAAUGAUCACGAAAAGCUUAAGUCGCAACUGGAAACUCAGAAAAGUGAGCUUGAGUCGCGGAGAAUCACAUUGGAAAAGCGUGAAGCACAUAAUGAAAGUGAAAGAAGAAAGUUGCUAGAAGAGAUGGAGGAGAAUGCAACGAGAAAUAGCUCUCUUCAGAUGGCUUCUCUGGAGCAACAGAAAGCAGAUAUAAAUGUUAUGAAACUGGCUGAAGAUCAGAAGAAACAAAAAGAACAGCUCCAUGCUAAAAUCAUUCAGCUUGAAAGACAACUGGAUAUGAAACAAAAGCUGGAACUGGAGAUUCAGCAACUAAAAGGAUCACUAAGUGUGUUGAAGCACAUAGAAGAUGACGAAGAUGUAGAAGUUUUGAAGAAGGUAGAUGAUUUGCAUAUGGGUUUAAGGGAGAAGGAACAGUCACUUCAAGACUUAGAUGCACUGAACCAAACACUAAUCAUCAAGGAGCGUAAGAGUAACGAUGAGCUGCAAGAUGCUCGAAAAGAAUUGAUCAGUGGCAUUAAAGAUAUAGGAACUCGAGUCCAUAUUGGUGUGAAGAGAAUGGGGGAACUUGAUACUGGACCGUUCCUUGAAGCUAUGAAGAAAAGAUAUAAUGAGGAGGAAGCUGAAGACAAAGCAUCAGAACUAUGUUCAUUGUGGGAAGAGUAUCUAAAAGACCCAGAUUGGCAUCCAUUCAAAGUUGUCAUGAAUGAAGGGAAAGAAAAGGAAAUUAUUAAAGAUGAUGAUGAAAAGCUGAAUGGACUAAGAAAAGAAGUGGGUGAAAAGGCAUAUAGUGCCGUGGUGGCAUCUUUAACGGAGAUUAAUGAAUAUAAUCCUAGUGGGAGAUAUGUAACCUCAGAGUUAUGGAACUAUAAAGCGGGAAGGAGAGCAACUUUGCAAGAAGGAGUGAAGUUUUUGUUGGACUACUGGAAACGCAAGAAGAAAGGAAUGUUGUGAAGGAAUAGUCAUGUUGCAUUGUCCGAGAGAAUAAUUUGUGCAUGGCGGCUGGUUAGCAUGUAUCCAUAUUUGUAGAGCUGCAAACCGAAGAUUAAGGUUGUGCACAAAGCAAGUAAUUUAUGAUCAUGUUAAACUGGUUAGUUUCACUAGACAAUUAGACUGUCUUGCUGAGACUCAAACUGCUUUUGUAGUGUCUGCCUUUGUAUUAUCUCUAGCAUGGGAGAAGACAUGUGUUAAACUUGUAUGACUAUAUUAUUUGUUCUUUAUUAACAUGUUUUUCUUUCUGUUAGUGAGA